AUGGACACCAACAAUGCUAUCGCACGCCUUUAUGCUUUGCCGCGCAGCAGAUUCUUUGUGGAGACUAAGGAAGGCACCAUCACACUGAGUCGCUUCGAGGAAAUGCCUCGACAGAAUUUGCCGAUGGCAGCUCAGUUCGAGUGGCAUGCAGGCCUGACAACGCUGACGCCACAAGAUUAUACCGACACGCCUAAAGAAUCGCAAUGCGACCAAUACAUUCCAAUCUCGUUCGACAAAUUGCCGAAGACGUCCCAUGGACUGAUAUUUGGCUGUGACAAGGCAAGCGAUGUCAGGCUGCCCGACACAGGCUGCAUAAGCAGAUUCCACUUCAGCAUCGGCUUCGAUGAUCAGCGGCGUCUAAUAGUCAAGGACUUGAACUCCCUCAACGGUACUCAGGUCACAUUCGGCGAUAAAGGAAAGGGAGUCCGUCGCAAAUUCCAAUGGCUGGUUGGGGGCAUCAACGACUUGAGCCGUGAGCAGAUCGUCAUCAGAGUCAGCGAUGAGUUGAGCCUUUGGCUCGUUCACGAAAACCAUGGCAUAAGAGAAGCUGAGCACAGGGACAAGGUCGAUAGAUUUCGUCGAGGCGCUCAAGAUUCCGGCUCUCUUCAGCUUCGCAUUCACUGUCGCGUCCAGUCCCAGUUAGGAUUACGAAGAGGAAAAAAGCCACCAUCCACCGCGCAGGAUGAUGCCAUACAUCUCCUGAAGAAACUCGGAAAUGGUUCGAGUGGGACUGCAACCUAUAGAUGGAACGUCAGUACUGGAGAAGAGGUGGUUCUCAAGCAACCCUUAGCUGAUUUCCGCGAGGAUACCUGGAUGCAAGAAGCCGAAAUCAUGAACCAGCUUCGCCACGAAAACAUUUUGAGAUUAAUCGACUCCGACUUCUCCUCUAUACCAACACUGUAUCUGGAGUACUGCCCAGGGGGCACGCUGUCGGAUAUUGAGAACCAGUUGAGUGCCGGCGAGAUUCUCGAGGUUUUACAACAAUCUCUUGCUGGCUUGAGUUUUGCUCAUGGCCUAGGUGUGGCUCACCGUGACCUGAAGCCCGAAAAUAUUCUCGUCUUGUCCCGAAACCCGUUGCAGAUCAAAAUUGCCGACUUUGGACUCGCCAAAAAUAUCGCGAGGCUUCAGACUUGGUGUGGCACCCCUGAUUUCAUGGCCCCAGAGAUCUGGACUGACAAGGGCUACACCGGCGCUGUCGAUAUAUGGGCGCUGGGCGCGCUCGUAUAUGAGCUCCUUUUCGGUUAUUUGUUUAUGAGCCGUGACCCUACUGCCCCAGGCAAUUGCGACGACUACUGCCAAGCCAUUGUCCGUCGGCUUAAUUGCUAUCUGGCAAUCCAUAGUGGCACCAUGGCAGAAUUUGUAGCCAAAUACAUGCUUCAGGUGAUUCCCGAAAACCGUCUAUCUGCCGCACGCUGCCACGUUCUUGCCAUGGCUCUCCCGCCCCCGAGCGACCGGAUACAGAGACCCCAGAGCUCGUACUUUGCUACCACGUACUCAACAACCGACUACAGCAGCGGUAAUGAUACAUGGUCGACUUUCAACGGCGCGGCUACGGACGAUGAAAGUCGCACUAUCACUGCUCUGAGUUCACAGACCUUUGCUAGUGGCUACACCGAUACAAGGUCACCUCUUUUCGGAACUUCUACGGGCCACGAAAGUCUUACCGUCACUUCCCUCGGCUCGCCAACCGUUAAUAGCGGUUACACUUCUGCGGCUCCAACUGCCCGCAGAGCGGCUCACGAAGACAUGCACUCGUGGUCUGACGACUGCUCCGUCGACUGGCACCAGGGGAACACGCCACGCCAAACCAGAGAUUGGUCGGCAGAUGACUCUGAAAACUUCAGUUUUUGUUCCCAGUCACCCAAGGUAUGUCAGUCUAGUGAGGAACCGUUCGAGGGCUGGAAACUGCCCGUGAACUGGUCAGAAGGCGACACGGUCACGACGGAUAAUUCUCCCGAGGAUUAG